GACGUAUUCUGUUGACGACCUUGGAUACGGUACACCCUGGAUACCGCAACAUUACAUGAAGAAGGGUUGUCGUCCCGAAAAAAAAACCAUUCUCCGCCGCUCCUGAACGGCUAAAGUAUGAGAGAGAUCGUACAUAUUCAGUGCGGGCAGUGCGGGAACCAGAUAGGUGCCAAAUUUUGGGAGGUUCUGUCAGACGAACAUGGCAUUGACCCAACAGGCACAUAUCAUGGGGAUUCAGACCUGCAACUUGAGCGAAUCAAUGUCUACUUCAAUGAGGCUACUGGAGGCAAAUACGUCCCCAGGGCAGUGCUGGUGGACCUCGAGCCUGGUACAAUGGACAGUGUCAGAUCAGGACCUUUCGGACAGAUCUAUCGCCCGGACAACUUCGUCUUUGGUCAAUCUGGAGCCGGCAACAACUGGGCCAAGGGUCAUUACACAGAAGGAGCGGAACUGUGUGAUUCAGUUUUAGACAUCAUCAGAAAAGAAGCCGAGAGCUGCGACUGUCUGCAAGGAUUCCAACUCACUCAGUCUUUAGGAGGGGGCUCUGGUUCCGGUAUGGGGACGCUUGUUAUUAGCAAAGUCAGAGAGGAAUAUCCAGAUCGUAUCAUGAGCACUUACUCCAUCGUACCCUCGCCAAAAGUCUCUGACGUCGUAGUGGAGCCAUACAACGCGACCUUGUCAGUGCAUCAGCUCGUUGAGAAUACGGAUAUGACGUAUACUAUCGACAACGAGGCUCUCUACGACAUUUGCUUUCGAACUCUGAAGCUAACCACGCCCACCUAUGGCGAUUUAAAUCACCUGAUCUCGGCCACCUUGUCCGGCACUACAACAUGUCUCCGGUUCCCUGGUCAACUGAACUCUGACCUCAGGAAACUGUGCGUCAACAUGGUGCCGUUUCCACGUCUGCACUUCUUUAUUCCAGGAUUCGCGCCUCUAACAUCACGUGGGUCUCAGCAGUACCGAGCCAUCACAGUGCCAGAACUGACCCAGCAAAUGUUUGACGCCAAGAACAUGAUGGCCGCCUGUGAUCCAAGACACGGCCGCUACCUGACAGUUGCGUGUAUCUUUAGAGGACGUAUGUCCAUGAAAGAGGUGGAUGAACAAAUGCUGAAUGUCCAGAACAAAAACUCUUCCUAUUUUGUGGAAUGGAUCCCAAGCAAUGUGAAAACUGCUGUUUGUGACAUCCCUCCCAGAGGUUUGAAGCUCGCAUCUACAUUCGUUGGUAACACAACCGCCAUUCAGGAACUCUUCAAAAGAGUAGCCGAACAAUUUACAGCCAUGUUCCGACGCAAAGCCUUCUUGCACUGGUACACAGGGGAGGGCAUGGACGAGAUGGAGUUCACUGAGGCUGAGUCCAACAUGAACGACCUAGUCUCGGAGUAUCAGCAGUAUCAGGACGCCACGGCGGAGGAAGCAGGAGAGGCAGAGGAAGAAGAGGAGGAGGAAACGGCCUAAAUGUUGGGGGGUGGGUGGGGGGUGCUCUGGGUAAUUAUGGGACAGAAUUAAGUUACAUCCUGUUGUCUUUAUUGAAACAUAUAAGUUCAAGUCUAGCCUCGACACCAACUAUAGAAUGAACCAAAUCUUUUCUCGCCCCGUCCUCUCAAGCAUCUUAAAAGUCAUUUUCUUUGGCCAAAGUUCAUCUGAUAGAAAACUAUAAAUAUAUUUGUAUUGUAAAAGGCAGUUCAAUUUUUUUUUUAUGUUUGAUUCCUGAUUACCAGACGCUCCUGAUGAAAUGGAACUUUUGGCUGCGAAAUGCAACUUUGAAUGUUUUACAAAUGUAUGGUUACAUACAUAAGCAGCAAAGAGAAUUCUGUGUUGAUAAAAUUACCACCAAAAGGUCUCUAUGCAUUUACCUUUUUCAAAAAAAUGUUCAAACGUCGAUUAUUUUAUAUUGAAAGUGUUUUUUUUUCCAUCGAUAUAAUUGUAUUUUGUAAAUAUCUUGAUUUUCUUUGGCUUUGUCAAGAGAUUAAGUCAUCAAAGUCCAGUAUAUUGGUCACAUGUUUACAUAGAAAUAUACAAGUUGAAUAUGCAUCUACAUUUAGAAAAUGUCCACAUCUACAUUUAGGAGAUGUCCACAUCAGCUUACAGAAAUGUCCACUCGUUUUGGAAAAACAAAAUAGGCAAUAAAAUUUUGAUGUAACAUUUAUUAUCUAUACGUAAAUAAAAUAAAUAGUCUAUUUUAA